ACCACCUCUCUCUCUCUCUCUCUCUCUCUCUCUCCUCAGAGCAUAUCAUCAGCUGGAAAGAACACCCACACCCACACCCACAACCACCUCUACAAAGUUAGAAAGUGACUAACCCAACUCUCAAUCCCCAUAUAUAUAUAUACACACACACACCCAUCCCUAAAGUGAUCCUCCAAUCUCUCUUCCCCAAAAGCAGAAUCCAAAACCCAUCAAAAAAAUGCCUUCAAAUCCAUUAAAAUCAUCAUCUCUUGUUCUUCAUAGAAUCAACACCACCAUUACAAACACUUGCCACAAACAAUCUCAUCAACGGCGUACCCCUCUAACGUGCGCCACUCCGGUGCCGGACUCCGUCGCGCGCUACCACACUCACGCCGUGGGUCCCAACCAGUGCUGCUCCGCCGCCGUCCACCACAUCGCCGCCCCCGUCUCCACCGUCUGGUCCGUCGUCCGCCGCUUCGACAACCCACAAGCGUACAAGCACUUCGUCAAGAGCUGCCACCUCAUCGACGGCGACGGCAACGUCGGCACCGUCCGGGAGGUCCACGUCAUCUCCGGCCUCCCCGCCGCCAACAGCACUGAGCGGCUCGAGAUUCUCGACGACGAGCGCCACGUCAUCAGCUUCAGCGUCGUCGGCGGCGAUCACCGCCUCGCGAAUUAUCAGUCGGUGACGACGCUCCACCCCGCCGCAGACGGCGCGGGAACGGUGGUUGUGGAGUCGUACGUCGUGGAUACGCCGCCGGGGAAUACGAAGGAAGAGACGUGCGUGUUUGUGGAGACGAUUGUUCGAUGCAAUCUUCAAUCGCUCGCUCAGAUCGCUGAGAGCUCGGUCGGACGAGCUUGACGAUGAGGUCUUUGUGAAAAUGUUUGUUUGAGAUUUGUCUGAAAAUCUGUAGUUUUUUGGGGGGUUCUCGAAGGUGUGUACAUAUGUGGGUGUUUUCGAAAACAUUUUUUUUUUGGGGAUUUCUGACGAAUGUGCCCUCCCUGGAGAUGUUUUGGUGUCGUUGCUAUCUCAGUUGUUAAUGUUUUCGUUGCUAAUGUUUUUGUUGUUAAUGUUUGUAGAACAAUAAUGACAUGCAUACACCAUUUUCUGAAUU